AUGGCUUAUGGCACAAAGCAUGGUGAGAAGCAUAUAAAAGACGUUUUCCGGACUGCCAAGUACAUCCGAUCACUUCUUCUCCAUCUUCUCAACAACAUGCAAACCUUCUCGUGAGUCGGAACUUCUCGAAUUCCAGUAAUAUUCUCUCAUUUUCAGCGCCGUCCUCCUUGCUUUGGGUCUCUUCUCCGGAGCUUCCGCUCAAUUGGCCGCCUGGCCGUCGCAGAGCUAUUCUCCGUUCUACCAGGCACUUUUCAGCGGAGCCAGCACUCCAGUGCUCUCGGCUCCAGUCGCCAAGACGGCCCAAUCGGCGAUCCCACUCGCCGCCCCAGCUCUUCCAGUCCUCGCCGCCCCGGCUCCACUUCUGGCUCCACCAGCGUUCGCCCCAGCGCCAGUCUACGCUCCACCAGCGCCAGUGCUCGCUGCUCCGGCUCUUCCGGCCUUUGCUCCGGCGCCAGUCCUUGCCGCCAGAGCAGUUCCAGCAUUCGCUCCAGCUCAAGAAGUCGCCGCCGCUGCCAUGCUCCGCGGACCAACCUUCAUCGGAGCUGCUCCAGUGCUCGCCGCCCCGGCUCUUCCACUUGCUGCUCCGGCCCUGGCUCCAGCGUUCGCCGCCCCGGUCCUCGCUCCAAGAUUCGUGCCCGCCUACGCUCCAUUCGCCCGCGCUGCCAUGUUCAUCGGAUCCAACAAGGCCAAGACGUAAGCGACAUUGUCGGUUCCUUUCUCAUUCUCAUUUCUUGUUUUCAGCGCCUAA